CAUAUUUGUACAAGUUACAGAACAGACUGGAGGCCAAUGUGAACACACCUGAACAUACAUAUACAAAUCUAUAUAAAAAUAUUCAAGCAAGACUGCUAAAGAAAUCAAAGGAUGUGGGAGAGGCUGGUGAACUGCAUCAAGAGCAAUGGUGGAGGUGGUGGGGCCAAGAAGACAAGCUGCCAAGUUAUCCAACUGGCGGAUCUGAAGAAGCAGGUGCCGCCGAGCCAGUUGCCGAAGUUCCAAAUGUUUGCCAAGAAGCACGAGGAGUACAAGGCGCGCGUUCGUAAGUAUCCGGAAUCGAUGCCGACCAUUGACUGGGAGUACUACCGCCAGAAUGUGCGAGAAGAGUUUGUGGACUGGGUGAAGGGAUACGAGACCAAGUAUGAUAAACUUCACUCCGUGUUCGAGAACCGACAUGCCAUAGUAGAUCACAAGCGAUACUUUGAUCUCGUCGAUAAAGAAAAGGAGGAGGUUGUAAAAUCCAUUAGCGAAUACAAGGCUGAAUCCAACAAGAGAAUCAAAGAGCUUACCGAACGGGUGGAGUGUAUGAAGUCCAUGCUGCCCUACGACCAAAUGACCAUGGAGGAGUUUUGUUUCGCCCGUCCGCAUUUGGCGCCCGAUUUCAUCAACAAGCCCACUUUCUGGCCACACACUCCCGAGGAGCAAAUGCCUGGUCCUUCGGAUCCAGAGGCAGCAGCUGCUUUGCAUCACGAGGAGGAACCCGAACCGCCAAAGAAACCAGCUCCCGAAAAGCCUCCAGAGAAACCUACUGCGGCUGCAAAGCCUGAGGCAGCUGCGGCUCCCACGAAGCCAACAGAGCCGCUUGUGGACACCACUCAGUUGGCCGAAAAGGCCACUGGAUUGGCCAAAGAUUUGGUGGCCAAGGCAAUUGUACUUUUCAACAGUCUCAAGGAGAAAAUGUCGGGCCUGGCCAAGAAGGUUCAGAAAAAGGCAGAGGCCGCCAAAGCAGCCCGUUCCGAAUCUGCCGGAAAAUCUGCCACGCCCACAGUCACACCAACAAAGUCACUGGACAGCAUGGCGGAACGGGAGGGUGGACCAAACAUCUGCAACCAAACUAUCAUACGCAGCGAGGAGGCAGAGGUCAAUCCGGAGGUCAAGGCCCGGCAUACCAAUCUCUCCAUCGAGGCGGAACCGUGCGAUGCCCAGGAGGAGCGAGUCAGGGAGAUAGCCAGGACAUUGGAGCGCAAGCGACAAUUGAAGGAGGCGGAGGAGUGGGAGGAAUACAAAUCCAAGAAACAUCCUUGUGCUUCCGAAGAGGAACCGGAUCCUUGCCAGCCCAAGGAGGAGGAAGCCGUUUGCAAGCCCGAUCCUUGCCAAGUGAAAGAGGAAGCUGUCUGUGAGCCUGAUCCUUGCCAGCAGAAGGAGGAAGAAGAUGACGUUUGCAAACCCGAUCCUUGUAAGCCGAAGGACGAAGAAGGAGCUUGUGAAGAUGAGGAGGAUCCUUGCAAGAAGAAGCCAAAAUGCGAUGAUAAUUUCCAGUUCGGUGGAGACAAUGAGGGCGAUUCGGCGAAAUCCAAGCAGCAGGAGCAGGUCUUCAUUAACAUAUCCGAGUGCAGCAAGGACCUCGCCAAGCAGGCAGAGAAGAAAUCAGGUGACCCUGGAAAACCCAAGGAAAAGGCCUCUCUGACAGAAAUGCCACUCGGCGCAGAUCAAAAGCCUGUGCUCGGCAUGCAGAUUUCAGAGUCCAAGGACUCCAAGCGGGAUCAGAAAACCAGUAUUGAAGGUGCAAACGAAGUUGGUCCGGUGUACACCGAUCCCAAUCAACUUGCUGAAUUGCUUGACAAGAAAAAGGAACAAAAGGUUAUAAUCGAAGAAGCCCACAAGCCCGUUGAUGAUAAACCAAUGACCAUAUAUCCGAAGCUUGAGAUAUCAGCCAAGCCGAAAGGCGAUCCAGUCGACCAAGGCGAUGAAACCAAAAAGUCGCCCAAGGAUGUGGCCAACCAGGUGUUCACUAUGGCCUCGGACGCUGCUACUCUGCUCACAGAAGCCACCAACACACUGGAGGACAUGAAGAAGAAGAAGGAGGCUCGUCUGGAGGCUCUGGAACAGGCCUACACUUCGGCCCAAAGACAGGCCGAAGGAGCACUGGCCGAGGCCUCAAAGGCCGUGGAAGCCGCAAACAAUUUGGCCCAGAGAUCUGCCGAACAAACCGGCGAAAUAAGCAGUCGCGACCGCGAAGCCUUGGACAUGGCCGAAAAGCAUGCCAUUUUGGCCAAAAUGAUGGCCGGCCGUGCGGUGGCCUUGAAGGACGAAAUCGCCCGAGUUCUCAACGAUCUUAAAAAGAAACAGUAAUCAGUGCAAACACAUUUCCUAAUGAUUUUCUACCACAUUUUUGUUAGUUGUUUUUCGUAUUAAAUUUUAUGUUACAUUUGUUUCCCCGUUCAAA